AACGAACCGGAAAAGUAAUUUUUCGUCUACAGGUUGGUGGUAGGUUUUCAUUUUCAUCAUGUGUAUUUGGUAGUAGCUUUUGUCUUUCGCGUUAUACGCAGCAAAAUAGCAAUAAUUAUUUAAAACAUUUUUUAUUUGUUUAUCUUUUUACAAGACACUAUUUGAAGAGCCAUAGUUUUAAUAUUAUACGUUAUGUGGUAAGUUAUAAAAUCAAAUCAUGUUGUACAUAUUUAUGAAAAUUUUGUGUUUACAAAAUUGAAAUUUGGAUCAAUGAUAAAAUGGAACGGUUUACGGAUCUGACGGAAAACAAAAUCAAAUUGAUCAACUAUUUAAAACUUACAAAAGUUCCAAACGAAGUUUUUAUUUCGACGAUGAAUUAAAUUAAUUGAAAAAUGACGGUAUCUCAACAAAAUGUGUUGUGGUGUUCAUAUUUACUUGAUGUCGGUGAAAGUAAAAUAUUUGUAUCGUUUCUUAACUUGCUGGUAGGAUAGUGUGUGAACGAAAUAAUUAGAAAAAAAAAUAUGGAAGGAAAUGAAGAGGAGGCAAAAAACCUGGAAAUAUGCUCGUACAGGUAUCUUCAACAGGUUGCGAAAUCUAUGAGUCUGCCAUCCAACGUAAAGAGAGUAUGGCUGAUCAAACUGAUCAACGCGAAGAAGUAUGGUACGCAGCAGGCUGUGGAAGAGUUAGUGAGGCAAGUGCGUCAGGAACGCCAACAGCUCUCACAGGCCCGCAAGAAGACUAAUAAGAGCCGCAAGAAGUCAAAUGUACAGCAGAGCACAGAGAUCUCGUCUACAGGCAACAGUUUAUCUCCUCCGAUAACAACAACACCAACACACAGACGUCAUGUGAUCAUACGAUACAGUCCUGAAAGGCAUUCCCCUAAGAAAUACCCCGAGAACAUCUCAACAAGCAGAUAUAAUCUCAACCGCAGUGACCGAGUUCUACGCAGCUGCAACAGAGUGAAGAAACCGAGUUAUUUACUUAAUAACACUCUAUAUAAUCUAUUAAAUGGUUCCGAUACUGAAGAUGGGAGUGAGGUGUACAACACGGUUGAUGUGGAGAAAACUAAUGAGGUUCGUGGAUAUCCUAAAAAGAGCGAUGGUUGGAAGAACCCGCAUGUUCCAUUAACAAAAAAUGUGCACACAUCCCCACCACCACGUAGCGGUGUACAGCGUAGAAUAAGUGGCAUCUACCCUCUCCACACUGAAGAGGUCAAAGUACCCAGUGUAGCUAUCAGAAGGCCAGAUGGCACCAUUACCAAACUUAGAGCUAUCAUACAAAAACCUAUGCCACAACGCAAGUACAGCAAUGACAGAAAAACGUACAAUACAAACAGCUCAUUACUGAGGACAGAACCAAGUGACUGGUCAUAUACUGUUACAACCACACCUCAAUUUACACACAGUUCCACUUACCGGUCAUCAAAUAUGAGAGAAUCAACUCCAAACAUAAAUUACAGGCAGUCAAAUUUUGAAGCAGAGACUCACAAUGACAAACAAUCUUACAAUACAAGCUCAUUACUGAGAACAGAAGCUACUGACCGGUCAUAUACUGUUACAACUAAACCUCAAUUGACAUACAAUUCAGACUAUCCAUCAUCAAAUAUGAGAGAAUCAACUUCAAAUUUAAGUUACAGGCAGUCAAAUCUGGAAGCAGAGACUCACAAUAACAAACAAUCUUGCAAUAUAAACUCAUUACUGAGAACAGAACCAAGUGACUGGUCAUAUACUGUUUCAACCACACCUCAAUUCACAUGCAGUUCACCUUACCCGUCAUCAAAUAUGAGAGAAUCGACUCCAAACAUUUACUACAGGCAGUCAAAUCUCGAAGCAGAGACUCGCAAUGACAAACAAUCUUACAAUACAAGCUCAUUAAUGAGAACAGAAGCGGCUGACAGGUCAUACACUGUUACAACCAAACCUCAUAUCACAUACAAUACAGCUUAUCCAUCAUCAAAUAAGAAAGUAACAGAGACUCACAAUGACAGACAAACUUACAAUACAAGUAGCUCAUUACUGAGAACAGAAGCAAAUAACUGGUCUGUUACAACCAAACCUCAAAUGACAUACAGUAAAGCUUAUCCAUCAUCAAAUAACACAUACAAGCCAUCAAAUCUCGCAUCAGAGUCUCAAAAUUUAAAUAACAGACCGUCAAGCUUCACAACAGCCCCAAAUUACAGCUUCAGAUCGAGUAACACAUCAGAAAUAGUACACAGUAUGUGUAACGGAACUUCGAACAUGGCCCAAAUGACACCGAGUAUAAAUUACAGAACACCGAAUAACUCGAUAGUCAACACACCAGAGAAUAAUUCCAAUUCCAGUAAUAGUUCCAGCUCUAAUUCCAGUAAGAGUAAUAGUUCUGAAGAAACUGACAUUUCAAAUGGUUACAAGGAUGAAUCUGAUGAAUAUUCGGAGUAUUGUCAUAAGAAGAUCCGGCGUAGAAAAAUGAGGUCUUCUCGAAAGAAGGAGAUGGUCAAAAGUGGUGAAAAUGAAGGCCGUUUACCGAAGAUUGAUGAAGCUUUCACCAAAUUCAAUAAUGUUUAUUCUAGAGAUGUUUCGCAGCCGUUGUAUGUACAUGUUGAAGUGCCUGAGCCCGAGACUGUACAAAACACAUACAUCCCGGAGCCAACAUCGUACCAGGGCAGCAGUACUUUAGAGAAGUUUUACAAUAUAAAGACGGCUACAGCGCCGCUAUUGCAGAUCUAUACUCCGAGCAAAACUACAACAGUAUACUCCACCCCUAUUAUAACUACCGCCAAACAGAUCUCUAAAACCAUACAUGACGAAACAAUAUCUCAUGUGGGGCUUGAACCGGACCGGGAUACAAUUGCCAUAGUUCCGCGUGACAAUCAACAGUACUAUAUGACCGAGGAAGCUUCGCCACGCGAUUUCUUCGGAGACUUCGGGAAUUUGCAGGGGCGAAACUCAUCGGAAGAUUUUGGACGUUCUUCGGUGGAAACUAUAGCAUCUCAGGAACAGGAGUUAGGAGCCAAUGUCACCAUCCCGGAGAUGGUGGAAGAUGCACUGGAACUUAUCAGUCAAGAUGGGGACUACAUGGAGCGCAUGGGAAUGGAUAUCAGGAUGCAGUGCAUCCUAUGCAAUUGGGCUGGACCCAAGAUGCUUUUCGAGUAUCAUAUUAGAAAGGAACAUGCAUCAGAAAUAAUCGAAUGUUCUGGCAAGGAGUGGCUGGCGACGUACUCGCUGGGCGGGCUGCGCGGGCGCGCGUGGUCGCACCGCGUGCUGGCGGGCGGCGCCGCGCUGUACGUGCUGAGCGCCCGCUACCAGCAGCCCGAGUGCUUCAUGGCGGCGCUGUCGACAUUAUCAGAGGACGACCCACGAAAAAGGGCCAGUCUCACAGUAUACAACAAGUUAACCGGCGAACCUUUCACCUGGCUCGGCGAUGUUCCCGAGAUAGACGCCGACAUGGACGUACCGACAGGCCUGCGGGUAUCUCUGCCCAAAGUCGACUUACUGCCCAACAGUGCUAACUUACAGCUGCUAGACAGACAACUCGUUAUGCGAUCCCCUAGUAACGCCAUUGUGGGACAGCCAGACUUGGAUAAUAUACAUAUUAAUCUGGCUAUUAAGAUUUAUGACUAAAAACGUUAUAAAACUUUAGUUAUAAGUGCUGAAAAAAUGUCACAAACCAUAUGCAAUUUUCUUUGUUAGUUAUAAACAGAAAUAUUUACAAAAUGACACAGAAAUUACUAACAGGCCUACGGAUAUAGGGAUAAUAUUCAUAUUAGUCUGGUGGUUAAGAUUUAUGACUAAAAAAACGUUAUAAAACUUUAGUUAUAAGUGCUGAAAAAAUAUGUGUUUUUUUUAUUUACAGUUUUUUUUUUUGUUAGUUAUAAGUGAAAAUAUUUACUAAUAUCGUAUUAUUGUCAAGGAUAGACUUACUGCCCAACAGUGCUAACUUGCAGCUGCUAGAUAGACAACUAGUUAUGCGAUCCCCUAGUAACGCCAUUGUGGGACAGCCAGACUUGGACAGUAUACAUAUUAGUCUGGUUGUUAAAAUUUAUGACUAACUACUGAAAGGAAACUUUAGUUAUAAGUGCUGAAUUUUUUUUAUACAUUUAUAUAAAGAAGAAAACUUUCGUUGCUAUAUAGUUAUAACAAUCUGGUAGACAAGAUUUACGGCUAAAAUAAAAAAAAAAAACGUAAAGAAGGUAACUUUAGAUAUAAGUGCUGAUUUUUUUUUCAAAAAUACAUAUUUUUAUAUAUAUUUUUCUUUGCUAGUUAUAAGUAAAAAUAUUUACAAAAUAUUGUGUUAUUGUCAAGCAUAGACUUGUUGCCUAAUCUUCUACAGUCUUGUAUGUAUAAUCUUGUAGACAGACAAAUAGUCAUGAGAUCUCUUAGUAUAGUCAUUGUGGGACAACCCGAUUUGUACAACAUACGUGCGUUAGUUUGGUACGUUGUUGUAUGAUUGACUGCUAUUUAUUAAACUAAAUAAAGAUCUACCAAAACCACUAAACGUAAAAAAAAGUGUUGAAAAAUCUUCACUUAAAACAAAAGAUAGAAUUUUGGGACCGCACGUUAGACGAGCUAUAUCAUUGUUUAUCCUAGACUUGUUAAUUUAGAUAUUAAUUUUUCACACUUUAUAGUUCCUAAAUUAUGUGCCAUACAUAUACACAACAAACUACACUCGCGAGCAAAAAAAAUGGAAUCACCUCCUUGCGCUAUACAAUUACAACGAUUGCCAAUGAUACAAUAUUUACAGUUAAAUGUUUAUGGUCUCGUUUGAAAGCCUAUACUUUUAGCUUUAAAUUAAGGGUAGAAACAAAAAAAUCAUUUCCGUAUUUCAGGAGCUAAUCAUCUUUAUUUAAGACAGCAACGAAAAUCAGGCGAAAAAUAAAAUUGAGCUUUUAGCUGAAAAAUUGAACAUUUCAAACAAAAUCAAGCAUAGGUUAUUGUUUCAGUAUUUUAUAUUUCCUUCUCUAGCCCUUAUUACUGCUUUUUACGGUUUCUGAUGAGUUUUUAACUGUUUCUCGCAGUAUUCCCUUCCAGUCCUCUACUAGCGCCAUUAUCAGCUCAAAUGAUUUUUUUGUUUCUACCCUUAAUUUAAAGCUAAAAGUAUAGGCUUUCAAACGAGACCAUAAACAUUUAACUGUAAAUAUUGUAUCAUUGGCAAUCGUUUUAUUUGUAUAGCGCAAGGAGGUGACUCCAUUAUUUUGCUCGCGAGUGUAUUAGUUUUAAGAACGUAGACGUAAAAGAUAUACUUUUACAACUCACACUUCACUCUACAAAAUCAAAAGGCUGACUAUGAUUAAAAAUAGUAAAAGUUACUAUACUUAUGUGCCCAAAAAGGUAUUUAGUAUUAAGCUACUGUUUCUAUAACGUUUAUAUUUUAUAGUGUUGAUGUUGAUAUAAAAAAAAAAACUGUUUAGUUUGAUGUAAUUCUACAUCAUAUCGUUGAUUGUUUAAAUUUUAUAAAUCACGUUUAAAAUAAGUUUAAGUUUUUUGAUCUCUUGCAUGUAUUAUGUUUUUUCUUUUUUGUUUCUUUUUUGCACUUUGAUAAGUACUUUUAGUACAUUUACGUUGCUUUAGCAAAAUCAUUGCUGAAGCAUUUUGGUAAUAAACUGUUUUGUUUAAAAGUUGAUUUUUCAAAAAUAAAUAUCUUAAAUCAAA